GCUAGCAGGCAGCGCACACACGUCAUCCUCACCAGCGACGAAAGGCGCCUUUAACCGUCGCCCCAGGGUCGCCGUCGCGUUCCAUCCAUCGGAAAUCAUCGGAUCCAUCGAUUUUAGACAUUUAGAGUUUCCCCGGAAGUGAUCCAAGUUGUGUAUCGGAUUGUGUGGCAUCGAUUGGAGUUCAAUGAAUUAUAUUAGACUGUUUCGAGAUUAAAGAUUCUCUGCCGUGAAACUUGCCGAAUUGAAUAGAAAGAGGAGGGAAAAUAGUGGAGGAAGUAUUUUGGUGCGCAUAAAAAUGAUUGAUUUCAAUGAUAAUAAUGUUUAAACAAUGUUGUUUUCCUGAGACAGAAUGAUCCUUCGAACUCGAUAUCCUAAAUAAUAAUUAAUCAAAUGCAAAGAGAUUUCAAAUUUGUAUCUCGAUGAUUACGAGUAAAUAAAAAUGAAACGGAGAGACUAAUUCGAUAAAAAUGUAGAACAUUAUUGUUAAUCAUAAAUAUGGAAUAUGAAUUGAUUAGAAGAUUGGAAUCAAGAAUCUUGAUGCCAACGAACAGUCAGGAUAAUGUAAAAUUGAUUAUUCAUGUGUCGACAAUCAAAUCUCGGAGGCUCUAUUUUUGUGAUGAAGACGAGAGUCUCUUGAAUUUGGUGUCGUUGAUUCGUGUCGCGAUGUGUAUAGCUUAAAAUUAUUCGCGACAAAUUUGUACAAUCGCUGAGGACGAUAUGAAGAACGUGUAAUGUGACUGAUGGGAAAGAGAGAACUUUACGCAAAACUUGAAUUAUAUUCAAUGUUAAAUGUUCGACAAUUAAUUGGAAAUCGGUGAAAGUGUUCGGGCUGGUAGGAAGAACGUUGUGUAGUGUGAGCUGUGCUGCCGAGUUCGAUUAAACAGCGAAUUUUUCACAAUUUCUGCCUACCAUGCAACCAUUCGCGACGGGCAGCACAAUGGCAACGGAGACACCGACGAGCUUGCCGCCUGAAAGGGUAACCUCCCCGACUCCCUGCCGUAAUCUCACCUUCUCUAUCGCAAAGAUUAUGGAGCCAGACAAGCGACUGACCGAGCAGAACGCUAAUCAGGUCCUAUCCCCACCAUCAGCGGUACUAACAACGACAACAACAACGAUUUUACAACAAUCACCGAGCAUCUCUUCUCCGUCAUAUUCAGCGCAUCUGAAAUCGGCGUUCGAAAAGUACGUGCCGACUCUAAGACAUCAGGAUUUGCUACAGCAUUACCCCGUAUUAUCCAAAUACUAUCCGCUGUACUAUCCCAGUCCUUUAUUGAGGGCUUUCCCAGGCCCACCUGCUUCAACUCCGUCGGUCACGCAAAGCUCGCCACCCCCAACGACUAUUCAGGAGGCUUCUUCCAGGCUCAGUCUUGCCAGUAUGUCGCCGGAGAAUCAGCGUGGGAAGAAGAGUCCGGCACCGCGCGGCGAGCUCGGCACUGUGAACAAGCAAAAGACCUUUACCUGUUCGGAAUGCGGUAAAGUGUUCAACGCGCAUUACAAUCUUACGCGACACAUGCCGGUACAUACAGGUGCCCGGCCAUUCGUCUGCAAAAUCUGCGGCAAAGGUUUUCGGCAAGCGAGCACUCUCUGCCGGCAUAAGAUCAUUCACACCGCUGAAAAGCCGCAUAAAUGCGUGACUUGCGGAAAGGCUUUCAAUCGUAGUUCGACCCUAAACACUCACACGCGAAUACAUGCCAAUUUUAAGCCAUUUGUUUGCGAAUUUUGCGGCAAAGGGUUUCAUCAGAAGGGCAACUAUAAAAACCACAAACUGACGCACAGCGGAGAGAAGGCGUACAAGUGCAACAUCUGCAACAAGGCAUUCCAUCAGAUCUAUAAUCUCACUUUCCAUAUGCACACGCAUAAUGACAAAAAACCGUUCUCAUGUAAAAUCUGCGGCAAGGGCUUUUGCAGGAACUUCGACCUGAAGAAGCAUAUGCGGAAGCUGCACGACGCAGGUUCUCCAGUGCUCAGUGGAUUGGACACCUCGAGCCAGAGUCAUAAUCAGCAGUCAGGCUACUCGUCAGUGUAUCAUGGUCCAGAACAUUCCAUUGUCAAUCCGUUUAUACUUCCCCCGCCUGGAUCUACAAGUUAUCAUUCUCUCAGUAAGAUGUUGUGACAGAGCGAAAACAUGCAUUAUCCUAGAAAGACACAAUAUCCGCUCAUCCUCGGCUCGCCUUGCUAUUCAGCUGACAUGGGCCAAUUAGCGCAAACUUCCAAGUAAAGAGCAAAGGAAACGCCAAAGAAUCCGCAUUUGAUAUAUCUCUUCUUAUUUGGAGAAAAUAUAUCCCGCUUUUGUUAUGAUGAUUGGAAAAUACAUUUACGACAUAUUUAGCUGAAAAUAUAUACAAUA